CGUGUGGGAAUGUGGCAUCCGGUGCAGAGGACGAGGGCGAGGCGGAGGCUGGCUGGAUUGAGGGCGCGGCCAUCUUGCUGUCUGUCGUCUGCGUAGUGCUGGUGACGGCCUUUAACGACUGGAGCAAGGAGAAGCAGUUCCGGGGGCUGCAGAGCCGCAUUGAGCAGGAGCAGCGAUUUGCCGUGGUGCGGAAUGGCACCGUCAUCCAGAUCCCUGUGGCUGAAAUGGUGGUUGGGGAUGUGGCCCAAAUCAAAUACGGUGAUCUCCUGCCUGCUGAUGGGAUACUGAUACAGGGCAACGACCUGAAGAUCGAUGAGAGCUCGCUGACCGGAGAGUCUGACCAUGUAAAAAAGUCUGUUGACAAGGACCCCAUGUUGCUGUCUGGUGAGUUGUUUGCAUAUAAUACAGUAGUCAUGUUACAGUCGGGCAAAAGAGGCCAUGCCAGGG